AUGAACGUUCUAGUUGAUGCACUCUUACGUUUGUCAUGGAUAAUGAUAUUACUACCAAAAUUCUUAAAUUCACAAGCUCAUGCAAAAGUCACCAUUGACGAUGAUACUGGUUACUUUGUUGAUUCACGAGGAUUUAUUAAAUUAUUUCAUGGAAUCAACUGUGUGCAUAAAGUCGCACCAUUUUACUUUCCAAAACUACUUGACCCUCAUUCAUUCAGAGUACUUAGAGAUUGGGGAAUUAAUGUUAUACGCUUAGAAUUCAACUGGAUAGCAAUAAAACCACAGGAAGAUGAAACCAGUCAACACUACUUAGAUAUUAUUGAAACGAUUAUCGACAAUGCUGGAUUAUAUGGAGUUUAUGUUAUCAUUGAUUUUCAUCAAGAUGGAUUAUCGAAACGUCUAGGUGCAAUUGAUGCUGUGCCUAAUUGGGUUAUGGAUAAAAUAGAGCCACACCAUAUUUAUUCCAAUACCCUUGGCCACUAA